AGGUGUUGUUACACUUUCUUCAGGAGUGUUAGGAGGAAUUGCUGAAGGUGCUAUAGGUGCUUGGAAAGCUACAAAAAUUGCAGCCGCUAUUGCGGCCGCUAAAGAAGAGGGUGCUAUAGCGGGUAAGGCUGCACAUGAUUCAGAGCUUCUUGCUAAAUUCAUUGAAGGAUUAAAAACAUUGAAUAUAGAUAAAUUAUUUACUGGAAACUUGGAAUCCUUAUUUUGUACAACACCUUAUAAUGAAUCCUCAAUCGUUCCUACACUUAUUAAUACCCAAUAUAAUAUUAACUGUGCUUGGGGGCAAAAACUUGGUACGUCUAUGUGCGAAGAAAUUGGUACUAAAUUAGGUGUAAUUCCGACACUUGGCCAAGAGGGUCUUCUACCAAAAGCUGCUAUAGCAGAGAAGUUAAACGGAGUUGUUGCAGGAGCCAAAGGACCUGCUGCUAAAGUCGCUGAGGCUGCUACAAAAAAAGCUACGCAAGCAGCUAUAAAGACGAAAACAGGAGCCAUAGAAGCUGCAACUACUCCUUACUAUACUCCUAUAAUAGCAUCUAUCAUUGCAAUAGAGGUCAUAGUUUUAAUUAUGGUGAUAAUAUAUAAGAUUUUACGUUAUAGAAGAAAAAAAAAAAUGAAGAAAAAACUUCAAUACAUAAAAUUAUUAGAAGAAUAG